UUUUUGCCUUCUCAUUGUUUCCAUUCAAACAUGGGCUCCUCCGACUAGACCUCCGGUGAGGUGUCUAUUUCUUUGCUUCUCUCUCGUCGUUCUGCGAUACCGACUAACAGUGCAUAGAAAAGCUUAUCCCGACAUUGUCAAAUUUGAAAAAAAUGCCAUUUCCUUCACAUAGUGUUCGUAUCUGGAAAUUUUAGUUGCAGAAUGCUGCAUUGCUCGGCUUCCUGUAUGCUACCAAAAUCGGGGCCUUCUCUGGCUGUCGCUUCCUGCGUAGUUAUCCCGUUUCAUGCAGCUUUGCCGAGCGCCUUGCGUGUGCCCAGCCGGGAAGGACUGCGGGCAGCAGCAAGCGGGUCCUUCGCCGUCUUGCGCGUGGCGACUGCAAAGAAGAGGAAGAGGUAUAGGAAACCAUAUCCAGGUGAAGCGAAGGGCAUUGUCGAGGAGAUGAGAUUUGUGGCUAUGAGGCUUAGAAAUAAAGGCACCACCAAGGUGAAGCAGCGACGGCGUAAGCAGAAACAGCAGCAGCAGGAAGUGGAGGAGGAGGAGGAGGAGGAGAUGGACGGCGACGAUGACAACGACGAGGAAGAAGAGGAGGAAGAGGAUGACGAAGGAGAGAAGGAGGGGGACGAAGAAGAGGAGGAAGCGUGGGAGGAAGAGGAUGACGAAGGAGAGAAGGAAGAGAGUAAGGAAGAGGACGAGGAGACGAAGGAAGAGGACGAGGAAGGAGAGCAGGAGUUGGAAUGUGACGGCGGCAAUAAUGCAGAGGAGACAUGGCAGCCCAGCGUCGAGGGCUAUCUCAAAUACUUGGUGGACAGCAAGCUCGUCUUCGACACCCUCGAUAAAAUUGUGGAUGAGGCCACUCAUGUCGCAUAUGCUGACUUCAGGAAACUUGGUUUGGAGCGAUCAGAUGCUCUUUCAAAAGAUAUAGAGUGGUUUAGCCAACAGGGCUACUUGAUUCCAGAACCGAGUUCUCCUGGUGUUUCUUACGCUAAAUAUCUGCGUGAAAUUUCAGAAACCAGUCUGCCAGCAUUCUUAUCUCAUUUCUAUAACAUAUAUUUCGCACAUAUAAGUGGUGGCCAGGUGAUAGGGAAGCAGGUAUCUGAGAACAUUCUUGAAAAUAAGGAACUGGAGUUCUACAAGUGGGAAGAUGAUGUGCCUGUAUUGUUGAAAACUCUAAGAGAAAAGCUUAAUAAGCUUGGAGAGCAAUGGACUAGAGAUGAGAAAAACAAAUGCCUAAGAGAAGCAGCAAAAUCAUUCAAGUUUUCUGGACAGAUCAUUCGAUUGAUUAUUACAUAGUUUCAACAUUUUUACAAAAUUGCCAGUAGGUUCUUGAGCUUUUGGUACCUGCCAGGCUGGUCAAACAAGCUGGUGCUGCAAACCCAUGCAGAAGAGGAGGAGCACGGUGGUAUUUUAAGCACGUUAGGUUUUGUCUGGUAGUGCAUGACAUUCACAGAGAGAAGUUACACGAUUCUGCUGCACGGUCUAUCUGUCUCUGAUGAGGAUUCCAACAACAUGGAGGAGGUAAUUAUACAGGCUUGUGACUCAAAGACAAAAUGCUGCUCAUCUAAUGCUGAAAAAUGUAUUCUAUGCGAUACGAUUGCUCCACUUCUAUAGCUAUUACUUGCACAUCGCAAGUAUUCAUUUUUGCGAAAAGUUACUUGACGAUGAUUUGGUUCUGACUAAACCAGAGGCCACAGUUUAUAUAGCUUUCUCCAGAUCUCUUUAUAGUUGAAAGGGUGAGAUUGGAGGUGAACUGUCUCCACUUCAUCUAACAUAGUUGGGAUAAAAUUCGGUGGUGAUUGAUUGGUGGUUUUGGUGGUAGUAGUGAUGACUUGUUUUGCUAUUUUGGGAAUUAAUGGUCAGAGCAAGGUAUUAGCGAACUAAAAUGCCGUGGUUUCAAAUUUUAUACACGGGUAUGAAUCUAAAUUUGAGCUAACUUACGUGUA